AUGGCUGCUAUUUCUCCAAUCACUAAAUCCCAUUGUCAUGCACGAUCCAUCAGCUUACCCUCUUCAUCACAAGAACAAUCGGUAUUCAAUGAGUUGUGCAGAGUUCAAGCUUCUCAAGAAGCCACCACAUCUUGUUCAUCAUCAUCAGUGAUAGGCCACAAACUAAAUGAGCUGAAUGAUAUGUAUGAAUCACUUGAGCCAUUGUUUACAUUGCCAACCACUCAACAAUCCCUAGCCCAAGGAUGCCACAAAGAACAACUGAACAAGUCAUUAGAUGAACUUCUUAUGCUUUUGGAUCUUUGUAGCACCACCAAGGAUGCCUUGUCUAUUUCGAUCGACUCUGCCAAAGAACUCCAGUCAGUUCUUCGACGCAAAAGAGGUGAUAAUCAUGGGUUAAUUUCCUCAGUCGAGGAAUAUCUUUACAACAGAAGAAAAUUGAACAAGGCUGUUUUUAAAUCGUUGUCAAGUUUGCAGAAGCAAAGUUCUUCUGCAAUCAAGGAAGACCAGAGAGGAACAUCAAAAAUCAGUAUAUUAAAGGAAAUGGAAUCGAACACUUUGACUGUGCUUGAAUCCUUGCUGACCUUCAUUCUUGGAUCAAAUGUGCAGUCAAAGCGAAAAGGGUGGUCUAUCGUCUCAAAGAUAGUUGGCUAUAAGCGUGUGCAGUGUGAUCAAACACUUGAAGAAAGUAAAGUUAAGAAGGUGGAUGAUGAACUGCAUUCUCUCAUCAGCAACAAGAAAACAAAAUUAGGGAGCUUAGAAGCCGAUACCAUACAAAUGGGAUUGGCAAAUUUAGAACUGCACCUCCUUGAUCUUGAUGAAAAAAUCGACUGCCUACGCAGAUGUUUGAUCAAAGCCAGAGUGUCAAUUCUAAACAUCCUGAACUUCUAG